GUGUCUGAUUGCAGCUAACUUCAUGCAGCGCAGACGUGAUGUGUGGAAGGCAGUGAAUCGUGGACAGUGUAAAACAGAAACCCAGUAUUCACAGUGGGUUUUUUAAGGUUUAAUUGGUUGUGUUACGAGACUCAAACCAGUCCUUCGCAAUUAAAGACGAUGUGUUUCUCUGACAGCAGCCGCUGGUGUUUUCGCGUCUACGGUUGCUAGCUAGCAGUUAAUACGAGCUAACGUAACGUCGGGGUCAGAAUUCAGGAUCAGCGGUAGUCCUGUUUGACGGCGAUUUUAGGGAUUAGUGGAGUUCCAGACGUCUGUCCGUCCGGUACUGCUCGAUUUACCAGAGGGACACAAAAUAAUUAGCUAAAGGCUAACGUUGUACAGCUAGCUUAUAUGGUUUAUAGCAUUCCUCAGUGCCACGGCGCCGUGUCCACGUCUCGUCUGCCAGCUGAGCUAGGCCACGUCCCUGCGGGCGUAUUUCACUUACUAACAUUGGACGAAUUGCAGUGAAGAUGCCUAGUGAGCGGAAGGAGGAAGGAGAGCAAAGAUCACUAGAAAUGUGAAGGUCCUUUAGCGUUCAUGACUGUCUGUUAAACGUCUGGAUUUCCGAGCGCUUGCCGCAUAUACACGGCAUGUCACGUAGACGGAUGUGUUUCACACCGGGAGAAUAGUCUUCACUGAGCUCGUUAGGUUGCAGUAACAACCUGAAAUAUCGUUAGACUUUGUUUGGGAAAUGGUUGGGUUUGGCGCAAACCGACGGGGAGGUCGCCUCCCAUCCUUCAUCUUCAUCUUCUUGAUGGUGAUCAUCGUCGUACUGUCUUUCAACUACUGGACAGUGUCCAACAAGCACGGCCGCUUGCUGGAUGAGCUGGCGGAGGUGCAGACGCAGGUGAAGCGCACGGACGCGGCGCGGAGCCGGCUGGAGAAGCGGAACUCGGAGCUGAUGGUGCAGGUGGACACGCACAGGAAACAGAUCGACCAGAAGGAUGGGGACUACAGCGUCCUGGAGAGCAAGCUCCAGGCCAAGGAUGCUCUCAUUAAAAAGUGCACAGAUGAAAAGAUGAAGCUGCAGGAUGAUGUCACAGCCCAAAUGACAGAAAUUCAGAGGCUUAAAGAGCAGCUAAGGGAGCUCAAGCAAGAGUUCAUGAAGCAGGAAGAGCAGCUAAGAGAAGUGAAGAAAAAUAACACUAACUUGGAAAGAAAACUGGAAUAUGAGAGUUUACAGUGUGGACGCCAGAUUGCACAACUGAAAGACGAGUAUGAAGAAGCAAAAAAGACUCUGGAGGAAGAAACACUAAAGCUAAGACAGAGUGCAGUGGAUGGUCACAAGAAUGUAGUGGGGGGUAGACAUGCAGAUAGAGAGCCUGGUGUGGAGACGGCUGGAGAGCGCCAUACAGUGGCCACUCACCGGCAUGACAGACACUCCGAUCUGAAAGAAGAGAUGGGUAAGCCCGGCAGUGAUGCUGGCAUGCCUGGUAUUGAAGACAGUGAGGUGGGAAAAAUCGACGAUGUGCAGUUUGGCUUGAAGAAACCAGCCAUUACCCAGAAACACGACGAAGCCCCGGAUGUGGUUGUGGGAGCCGGUGCUGGACCUGGAGUCGGGGGAGCUGAUGGUCCCGGAGGCCAGGGCAUGUUGCUGGACCAGCCCGGACUCCAGCAGGACAGACUGGACGGCCGAGCCGUAGCGAUUGCACCUCCAGGCAUCAACAAACAGGGAGACAAAUCAAUAGUGUUUGAAGAAGACAACAAAGUGGGUAUCAAGGCAGACGAGUUGGGAGAACAGCAAAGGCAACUUCGAGUUCCCAGUGAUGUCAGAGUUGAAGGUGAACACUUGAAGAGGAUUCCUCUGCCCCCCAACCCUGCCCAGGUGCCCAAUCCCAUCCAGCCUCACCACGCCAAAGACCAAGUUCCAGCAGAACCAGUACACCACCGCCAAAGCCGAUUCUUUGAUGAGAACGAGUCCCCAGUAGAUCCGCAACACGGCUCUAAGCUGGCGGAUUACAAUGGGGAUGAUGGGAACGUGGGUGAGUAUGAGGCCGACAAGCAGGCCGAGCUGGCCUACAAUGAGGAAGAGGAUGGUGAUGGUGGGGAGGAAGACGUUCAAGAUGAUGACGAUCGAGAUAUGCAGGGAGAUCGGGCUGUGGAUUAUGGGAAAAAAAGACAUCAAGCCAACGACAUUCUUUGAAUGGAAACUCAUACAAUCGUAUCUCAUAAAAAACACAUUCAGACCCGUCUCCACAAGUGAGAUUUCUCUUGACAAAAAAACAUCAGUAUGUCUAAGAACUUUUAUAGGGUGCAUUCUCAAUGUCAUGGACUAUUUUGAAGAACAGACAUUGCAGCUAAUGAAGUAAUUCUAAAUAAUGUAACAUACUAUGAAAAAAACACACAAGGCAUUUCCCCAAACUGCUGUUAAUUUGCUAAUGGCUUUAAGUUAUGACAGUAGAGAUAAUAUACUGUACUUUGACUGUUGAGUAUUUGAUAACUGCACCGGCUCAUGCCGGCCCUAAUGACCCACAUCUGAACUUCAAGGACAGAUCAUGUUUUGGUUUAGCUACUCUUCUUCUCACUUUGCUGUUGCUUGGUACAAACUCUUCAUCUGAGAUGUUUAUCAGAGACUAAUUUGGCAUUCUGCCUUUCUAACAUAAUCGUGGGACUCUUAUAUGGAAAACUUUUCUGUUUGUUUGUUUACAAGAGUGGGAAUACAUUACAAAUGCCAAGGACUACUCAUGGCCUGUUGAAUCCGUUUCUUACUUUGACAGACUAAAAAGUGCUUCUCUUUUUUCUUUUUUUUUUCUUAAAUGAUGCCAUUGCAUGUAUUUGAAACUUUUUAUUAAUCAGAUUGAGCAAAAUACUCAUGCUUAAGCAAUACUUAGAACAAUGUUGGUGUCCUACACAGUGUGAUUAACCAAGCACAUGUGGAGCUGACAUACUGUACAAAUGCUUCCAUGAAUGAGGUUUCUGUGAACAUAAAAUUAGUUCUGUUUGUGCAACCAGGAAAAUUGAUUUCUCAUGGAAAGGCACAGUGAAUGUAAUUUUAUUUUAUUAAAGGUGAUGCUUCA